AUGGCUCCCAGUCGUCUUGAGGCACCAACGUCUCAAGUGUCUGCCAGACUACCCGCGGGGAAAGCCUCACCAGCCAGCUUGAAACCUGCACCGGACGAUACAUAUGGCACUUAUUACCCUACGGAUCCAGAUACUCUCGACCUAGAGUCCGAUUUUGGACCUAUGGAGCCUGGAACUGUCGGCUACCUCCAACCGACUUCUAUCGGCACUCCUCUGGAGAUUAUGCACGAAAGAUUUGAGCGAGAUGGUUAUCUCUUUGCCAAAAGAUGCAUCUCCAAAGAAGCCUCCCUCAAAUGCCGCGAAGCUUACUUCAAUUACAUGGCCCCAAGCGGCCUUCUAAAAGAGGGCACCGCACCCGUCGACGGCAUCUUCUCCCACAAAGAUAGCCGAAAGUAUCUCCCACCCGGAAACCUGCGUCGCCUCUUCGGAUUGAAAAACGACACCGAGAGCGAGAAAUAUCUCGAACUUAUGAUCUCCGCACACGAAGCCCCGUUCUACCUCGACCUCUGCGCCAACCAAGUGCUACGCGAUUUCAUCACCCGCUUCAAGGGCUGGGAAAAACCACAGAUGCUUCAGCGGACCAUGCUCCGCGCAUUUGUUCCCAGUAGCGAGCUCACACCCGUCCACUUCGACCAGAUGUACCUGCGAGCCGGCCCUCCCCCCAGUCUUACAGCAUGGGUCCCCAUCGGAGACGUUUUGUUCGAGGGGGAGGUCUAA